AUGGCAACAAAAGCUCUAGUGGUAGGCGGCACAAGCGGCAUCGGCUAUGCCAUGGCAUGCCGCGUAGCAGCCUCCUCGCCAUCCUCGACCGUCGUUAUAAGCGGCCGUACCCAGCCUGACAACAUGCCCCACGCCAACAUGGAAUUCCGGCCCAUCGAAGCAACGUCGAUGCGCGAAAUCAAGGGCUUCACUGACAAGUUCAAGCAGCAGCAGCAGCAGCCACACGCGCCCGCCGAAGAAAAGAACAAGCUCGACCUCCUCAUCAUGUCGCAGGGCGUCAUGACCAUGGCCGGCAGGACCGAGACGCCCGAGGGCAUCGACCGCAAGAUGGCGCUGCACUACUACGGCAAGCAGCUCCUGAUCCGCGAGCUCAUGCCGGCGCUCAAGCAGGACGCCAGGGUUGUCAUCGUCUACGAUAGCUGGACGGGGAACAUGGACAAGCUCCACUGGGACGACCUGGAUCUCAAGACGCACUUCAGCCUCGGCGCCGCCGCCAACCACUGCCAGGUCAUGAACGACGUCAUGAUCCAGUGCUAUGCCGCGCAGCAGCAGGAGCAGCAACAACAGGGCACCGCCGCCGCCAGACGGCAUUUCAUACACGCAUGGCCCGGCGGCGUGAACACGGAGGGUCUCAUGAGGGAGAUGCCGUGGGUUUUGGGGGCCACUGUCAAGCUGCUUGCCCCGCUCAUUACCGUGACGCCUGCCAGAUGUGCAGAGUACCUGAUGGACGGCGUCGACAGGGUCACGGCACCGGCGGCGGGGGGCAAGCAAGGCGGACGUUUUUGGCAUUACAUUGAUAACAAGGGGAGGGUGCUUCCGAACAAGCCCGUCUGUACAGAGGAGCAGGUGGGGAAGAUUGCAGACCACACGUGGAAGCUUAUUGAUGCCGCCUUGAAGGCUUGA